AUGGUAACAGAUAACUUAGACAGCCAAGAUUUGGUUGAUGGAUGGAAUAAUAAGUCAGUGAUUAGUGAAUUCAUUUUAAUCGGCCUAUCUAGCUCUCAGGAAAUCCAACUCUUCCUCUGCUUUAUCUUCUUUGUUUUUUAUGGAGCUGCAGUAUUGGGGAACGUCCUUAUUCUCACAGUAACUAUAGACUCUGGCUUCCAUUCUGCAUUGUGCUGUUUUCUUAGCAAUCUCUCCUUCAUUGAUGUGUGUCAGGCUACAUUUGCCAUUCCCAAGAUGACUGCAGACUAUUUCAAUGAACCCAAGACCAUCACUUUCCAGGGAAGCAUGUCACAAAUAUUUUCCUUGCAUAUUUUUGGGGAUACUGAGAUGGUGCUUCUUGUUGCUGUGGCUUAUAAUAAACACAUUGCUAUGUGCAAACCUCUGCACUAUAUGACCACCAUGAGCUGAAGGGUCUGCACUGUUCUAGUGGGGAUCUCCUGGGCCACUGGCAUCCUAUGCUCAGCUUGCCACCUCGCAUUCACAGUUGAUCUGUCUUUCUGUGGACCCAACAAGGUUGACAAUUUCUUUUGUGACCUUCCUCAAGUGAUUAAGCUUGCUUGCAUAGGCACCUAUAUUUUGGAAAUUCUGGUUCUCAUCAACAGAGGUCUACUCUCACUCAUCUGUUUUCUCCUUUUGCUCAUUUCUUACACUAUCAUCCUUACUACUGUCCAUUUCCAAGCAUCUGGCAGGAUGUCCAAGGCACUGUCUACCCUGUCAGCUCACAUUACUGUGGUGUUUCUCUUCUUUGUUCCACUAAUCUUCAUAUAUAUAUAUAUAUAUAUAAAACCCUUUGAAAGCUUUCCAAUUGUUAAAUUUAUCUCUGUGCUUUUCAGUAUCUUCACUCCUCUUCUUAAUUCCAUGAUUUACACUCUGAAGAAUAAAGAUGUAAAGGAAGCCAUGAAAAAGCUAAGGAGCUGA